AUGUCUACAACUUCUCGUGUUCUGGAGCUUACCGAAGUUGAGGAGAACCUUCGCACCCUACUUAUUGAUGUUGCAGAAUACAUUGACAACUCUCCCGGACACGUCUCGGAAAGUCAGGUCCCUCUUCCGGAUGAACUGGCACGCCAACCUUUGGUUCUUCGAUGGACUGGUGGUUGGGUUCGUGACAAGCUUCUUGGUGUAGCGAGUCAUGAUAUCGAUGUGGCUAUCAACAAGAUGACUGGAUUCCAGUUCGGUUUGAGAUUGAAGGAGUAUCUUGAGAUCCCCGGAAACCCGGAAAAGUAUGGUCUGGAAGGUGUAGCUAGCAACGACGCCCAAUCCAAGAAGGCCGAAUCUGGAAAGAGCAAAAUCGUAGGUGGCCUGCACAAGAUUGAAGCAAACCCGGAAAAGUCAAAGCAUUUGGAGACCGUAACCACAAAGAUCCUGGGCCUUGAUAUUGAUCUGGUCAAUCUCCGCAAGGAGACCUACUCCGACGACAGCAGAAACCCUCAGAUGGAGUUUGGAACGCCGGAAGAGGACGCCCUUCGCCGCGAUGCCACAGUCAACGCCAUGUUUUACAACAUCAACACUCGUGAGAUCGAAGACUUUACUGGAAAAGGCCACAACGAUAUGGCCAGCAACAUCAUUCGCACUCCUCUCGAGCCUUACCAAACCUUCAAGGAUGACCCUUUACGAGUAUUGAGAUUGAUCAGAUUUGCCAGUAGACUGAACUACACAAUCGAACCAGAGGCACGCAACUGGAUGAAGGACGACGAGAUCAAGAGCGCUCUGCAAGCAAAGAUCAGCCGCGAAAGAGUUGGUGUUGAGCUCGAGAAGAUGCUUAGAGGACCCGAUCCUCUUAUGGCCCUGAACUUGAUCGAUCAGCUCACACUCUACUCUACUAUCUUCUCCGACCCUGCUCAAGACCAAUCGAAGGUCUUCACCCCAGACACAGACAACUGGAAUGUUGUCGUCAACUUUGUCCAGGAUAUUCUGUCAUCCAAGGCCAGCGAAAUACUUGUUCGUAAUGAUGAGGAGAGAUUCCUUGUCUGGUUGUUGUCCGCAUUAGUCCCCUACAGAGACGCCCCAUCCCCUCCGACAGUCGAGGGCAAGAAACCACCACCUCCUACUGCCUCUACUGUCGCACGCGAAGGCAUCAAAGCUACUAAUAACAUGUGCACUGUCAUCACCAAUUCUGUUAAGAAUCACUCCGAGAUUUCUAUGAUGGUCAGUGACUCCAAUGGCCGUAAGCGUCCCGCACGCGAGGAGUUGGGAAUGGCGAUCCGCCGAUGGGGUUCUACAUGGAGAUCACAGACAGCUUUCGCGCUGCUGGUCAACGUCGCCGACGAACCCUCGGCGGCUAAAUCGCACCUUUCUGCAUUCACCAACUUCCUCGAGUUCGUCCGAGAACUAGAUCUUCUCGAAGUGUACGCACUCAAACCCAUCCUCGACGGCAAAGCCUUGACAAAAGCACUCGGCGUGCCUACCGGCCCAUGGAUGAAGGACGCUCUCGAUGUAGUCAUGCGUUGGCAAUUGCGCAACCCAGGCAAGAAAGACACUAGCGAAGCUAUCGAACAAGUUCGCAUUGCCAGAGAACAAUCUCCAACUCCUGGUGAGCUCACAUCAGAUCUCAUGACAUAUUUCCUCCAGCUUACCAUUCGCCCGCUGUUUGCAAAGACACAAACGCAGCAGGUAACAAGUCAAGGGCGUAAGGUGCAGACCACCGUCCUACCUAAAAAGUUUGAGCGAACCCAAGACGAAGUGACAUGGAAAGGAAGAGACAGCUAUGCUCUAGACUUGCUUCGCUGGGCAAUAGCAGUUGCAGACGCUGGCUUGGUGGAGAAGAACUGGCACGCAAUAGUGCCACCAUUACUCAGCAUGCUCGACGACAUUGAUACAGAAUACAAAGCUCAAGGUUGCGAACUUCUCAAGUUAUUGCUGGACAAAACACCGCCAACACUUUUGAAGCGCACUGGUCUGGGUGACGUGUUCGAAGAAGCUCUUAUGCCAUGUUUGGGCUACCUGCCUACUUUGACACCGGAGGACCAAAGUGCUCGACUACUCUCUGUUGCUUAUCCAGCUCUUCUAUCUCUCUCAGCUGUCUUGGAAGAUUCUUCGACUAUUCAGAACAAACAAGAGCCAUCCCAACGCAUAAAAUUACUUGACGCUUUGAUCCGUAAAGGUAUCUUAAUGACAUUCACCUACUGUCCUGAACACGCCAAGAUCACCGCGGCUACAACGACGUAUCUAUCUGCUAUUCUCAACGCUCUGGGACUGGACUCGAUCAAGCAUCUUCCCUUCAUUUUGCCCAUGCUGUCCUCUAUUCUCACAAAUCCGUUCAUCACUGCAUCUCCGCCUCUUCUUCUCUCUUCUGUCAAAGCCGUUCAAGCUGUCGUUCUCAACACAUGGCCUAGAUUGUAUGUCCAUAAAACGGAGAUCUUGAAAUGCGUAUCGGUGCCGUGGAUAAGAAUGCAAGAGGAUGUAUCUGGGAAAGAUUUCGACAUCGUCAAGGAAGAAUCGAUAAUUGUGGUCCAGAUGCUUAGAGAUGCUUUAUCGUCUGACGAGCUUGAGAAGGACAUCGAAGAGCUGAUUAAGGUGGAUAAGAGGUUGGAAGGGUUGUUUUCUGACUAG